AUGAGCGAUCACGCGGAGGCUGUCCCGUCUGCCCAGGCCAUAGGGGCUUUGGCAGAGUCGAGCGCGCUCGCAAGAGACUUGUCUGCCACCUCCAGCACGUCUACUUCAUCGUUCAGUGACACAGGACAACAGAACGGAUACCCAGCACGGAGGCCUGCUCCAAUAUCGACGACCACAGAACCUGCUGAUUCACCCUCACGCUCACGUAUAUUUCACAUCACACCGUCUAGCAUCGGCUCGCCCAGGCUGGCGAAGCGCUUUCUGCCGCCUAGGACGGUGCCUGAAGCCCUCACGUCGCCCGUAGAUCCGUUCGCGACAACGCAAUAUGACGAGACCCUCGUGCGAUCUCACUCGAACGAGGGGCUGGCUAGCACGAGUGCAGCAUCAGCCACGCGUUCAGGGUCAUCCCUCAAGCCCAGGCGGAGCUCGCUUGGGCCUGGCGCUGCUUCCAAGGACGCGUCUUCACAGACAGUCUCAAACGGCUAUGCCUCGCAUACUCAUUACAACGGAUACAACGGCUCUGCAGCCCCGCCAGCCUCGCCUUACGCGAGUUCGCCGAUGCUUGGCUCAGAUGAGAGGCAGUCGCCUUUUGCCCAUGCCCAGGCAUCGUCACCUUUGGCGCAGUUACAAGCUCUCAUCGUCGGCUCACUACCAGAACGCUGGUCACGGUCCCGUCAGGCGGGCAGUUCUAGCUCUGCCGGUGGACGCAUGAGCAGGAUGCGCAAGACUCGACUUCUCCUCGCACUUGUUGCGCUAGGCUGUCUUGCUUCGUUUUUGUCGAGCCAGCGGGAUCGAUUGCCUAGUCUCUCCAUGCGAAGAAGGCGGAAGCAAGGAAGAGCCCUCAAACGACUCAGAUUAGACUUUCGGCCCGGCGAGCGCACAGCGAAAGCCGACAGACAUCGCUUAGAAGAUCUGCUGACGUUACCGUAUGGCGUCGAUCCGGGGCCGAUGGGCUAUGCGGCGCUUCUACAUAUAUCAGACGCUGUACAAAUAACGUCGCUGCAAGCGAUUGUGGCCAACCUACAGAGCCAGAUCAUGCCACCUGACGAAAUCCUGAUCGUAGCGACAGAGCAGCUCGAGAAUCAGUUGCGCUCCGUGGUCGGCAAGCUACCAGCGCUCUCUGCUGCUGAGAAAGCGAUGCUCCAGGUCAGCGUUUAUCCUUCCGAUGAUUACGCCACUUCCGCAGAGGCGAUUGUCGAAGCAGCCGUCGAUUUGCAGAGUGGCUUCUUAUUGCUGCUCGAGCCUCCGCGGCGAACGGGCACGACGCACCUGGGCGCCAUGUUCGCUUCGAGUCUCAUGCAUGUUGCGGCCACGAGCGAGUAUAGCAGUGCCGUGCUGGCACACGCAGGCAUCAGCUUCGACGAUCCGUCGAGUUGCGUCUAUGCGGACACAAACGCCAAGGAAGACGCAAAGGGCAAUGCGACAGCUUGGACAACGACGCUGAAAGUACCCACCGGCCCAGUGCUCUUCCGCACUUCUUGGGUCGCCUCCGUCGACCCACAUGAGCUCCCAACAGAAGGUAGCCUGCCGCCUGGUGCAGCGCUAUCGAUUGCACUUUCACGAAGAUCUGGCAUACCCAUCAAACUAAUUCCGUUCUCGUCAGCACAUCUUGCGUCUUCCGAGCAUGCGAGAGGCGCCUGGAUGAUUGCGCCCGAUUGGCCACACGAAGCCUGCGCAGCUUUGCAGGAUUCGAUCGAUAUCUCCUCGCUCUCGAGCCUGUCGUCGCCUGUCAUUGUCGAACGAGUGCAAAUGCCCGUGCUAGAAGGCGGUGCCAUGGCGCUCUUCGUCAGCGAUGAGAAGGAUCUGGCCCUGGCGAUACCGCUCGCGUGCGGUCUGUCAAGAACACAUGCUCUGCAAAUAUGGGUCGCUCUAGCACCGUUUGGCGGUAAAGAGGCUACCGAUAGGUAUCAAGCUGUGAUCAAGCAGUGCUCGCUAGACGUUCGACCGCUACGUGAUCUCUCGCUCGAUGGGGAUAUCUCAGACGAAGCUCUCAUCUAUCGAGUCCGCGGGGUUAUGCAGCGGCACGACUUCGAUGUCGUCUUACACGUUACUGGUGGCGUUGUGUCGAGCUCGAUCCAUCUCGCUCUCACCAUCGCUGGCGUCAACUUCGACGCGCACCCUCUCGACAGCGUCGUUGGCAUUGAGAUACCUCAAAGUGACAUUGCUCACGUUGACUGGCUAGCUGCACUGCCGCUCGAUGCUAUUCGAUCAUGGAAUGUGCCAAAGAUAGAUAUUUCGGUCAUAACUAGAGAUCGGCCGGACUCGCUGCUGCGGUUGAUGAAGUCUGUCGAAGCUGCACACUUUCUCGGCGAUCGAGUCAAUAUCGGUCUCAACUUGGAACAAAAUGCCGACUUUGACACUCACAAGCUCGUCGCACAACUCGAGUGGCCGCACGGCACGCUGAAUAUCCGUCAUCGCGUGGUCGUAGGCGGUCUGAUACCUGCCAUUGUCGAGUCUUGGUACCCGCGCAACAACGACACAUACGGCGUCUUCCUAGAGGACGACGUGGAGGUUUCGCCACAGUUCUACGCUUGGCUCAAGUUUACAAUCUUACAAUAUCGCUAUGAUGCGUCGACAAAGGUUGAAGCGGCACGUUUGUUUGGCGUCAGUCUGUAUCAGCAAAAGAAUGUGGAGCUGCGCAAUGAAGGCAGGCGCGCUUUCGACGCUCAUGCGCUCUUUGCCGAUCUCGGUCUGCCAGCUACGCGACCGUAUCUAUCGCAAGUGCCCUGCUCGUGGGGCGCAGUCUACUUUCCGGAGCAAUGGAAAGAAUUUCACCACUUUCUGUCGCUCAGAUUCAACGAGUCUUCGCUCGACAUCACGGAUCUCAUCGUUCCAGACAUCAAGUCGAAUCGCUGGGCGAGGUCGUGGAAGAAAUACUUUAUCGAGCUAGUCUAUCUACGAGGUUACACGAUGCUCUACCCAAAUUAUGCCGACUUUGUCUCCUUCUCGACCAAUCAUCUAGAGGUAGGCGAUCACGUCAAAGCCGAAGCAAGCACGGUCGAGACGGAGCAACAAAAGCGACGAAAGAUCAUGUUCGAGGUGCCGUUGAUGCAGAUGACCGACUCUCUGCUCGAUCUGCCGGACGAGCGCCGCCUGCCAAAGUGGAGUGCCUUGCCAGUCAUCGACUUUUGGGGCACUCUGACGACCGAGUCUGACAUCGUCGAGCGAGGCGCGACGACGAUCCUCGAGCUCGAGGUCUGCCCGCCGCUGAACACGUCUACCGUGCAGUCGUAUGACGCCAGAGAAUUGCUCUGCCCGACUGAGAAUGCGCCGCUACCGCUCGAAGAGGCACGAGAGUUCUUCCCGCACGUUGAGCCAUACUUUCGCAUGACGCAAGAGAACGGGGCAGAGCCGACAGAGUCGACAGAGAGCCCGCCGACGCCAACACCGCUGCUCGGGGUCAAGAAGUUCGAUGCCGAGAUCUUGCAAGAUCUCACUUUGCUCGCAAUUAGUACUGCUGUACCGAUGCAGUACUGA